UAAGAUCGUUCUGUUGAUAUCUGACAUGUUACAAAAAAAAGUAUUAAACAAUCGUUAGUGGAACUGAAAUAGUUAAAAAGAAUCAGAACAGGAACAAGAACUGAUGAUACAUUUUCUAACGAUUUCCACAAAGAAAACAUUUCCGUCAUCAAAUACUCAGUUUCAAAAUGACAAAAAAAAAAUGCACGAAAUGAUACACGAAUGAUGAAGUACACUUCCUCAUGUAUUUCACGCCCUGCUUAUCUGUCUGAAAUACACAAGCGAAUCUGUCUGUUAGCCUGAAAGAGACUCGUAUUAGCAUAGCCCUGCUCCUCCUUUUUCCCCGGCGCACAGCAAUUACGUGCAAACUACCAGUCCCAUGAUCCCCGGCGUCGUCAGGCAGGAAGAACGUGUGUUAGCAGGGGCUCACACUGAUCCAAGUUAGGAGCUCUCAGCUGCUGGCCUUGGCCCAUCAUGUAAGUGCCUGCCGAGGUUUCUUUGCAGAGCGGUUGCAGAAAUCUCCCCGUUUUCGUUGCGUGCAAUUGAAAGGCCAGCCUUUGCACGGAGAACAAGUUACCCGACGCCCAAAGGCUCCGAGUGCAUGAAGAUCGCGGCUUGUAUUUUGCACCUUUGUUGCAAGCAAGCCCGCUUGAAGCCUCGCUGCGAGGGAUAGAUGGAAGGAGGGAGCGACAAGGAAAGCAAAGUCUUUUGUGCUUCCCCUUCCCCCAACCCAAAAGAGGAGAUGUCCGUGCCAAAAGGAGGUAAAAAGAAGCCACCACUCAAGCUUCCAAAAGAGGUGUUUGAGAAACCCCAACCUGCUCCUACACCCCCGAGAGACUUGGACUCCAAAGCCUGCGUUACUAUUGGAGAUAAGAACUUUGUGGUGAAGGCCGAUGAUUUGGAGCAGAUUGGAGAGUUGGGGCGAGGGGCGUAUGGAGUGGUGGACAAGAUGAGACACGUCCCAAGUGGCGUAAUAAUGGCAGUAAAGCGAAUCCGGGCCACAGUAAACACACAGGAGCAGAAACGGCUGCUAAUGGAUCUGGACAUCUCCAUGAGAACAGUCGACUGCUUUUAUACUGUUACCUUCUAUGGAGCUCUGUUCAGAGAGGGUGACGUGUGGAUCUGCAUGGAGCUGAUGGACACCUCUCUGGAUAAGUUCUAUAAACAGGUGCAUGAGAAGGGUAUGACCAUCCCAGAGGACAUCCUGGGAAAGAUCACCGUUUCUAUCGUGAAAGCAUUGGAGCAUCUCCACAGCAACCUGUCAGUGAUACACAGAGAUGUGAAGCCUUCUAACGUCCUGAUAAACAUGCAGGGUCAGGUGAAAAUGUGUGAUUUUGGCAUCAGCGGGUACCUCGUGGAUUCAGUGGCGAAGACAAUGGAUGCUGGCUGCAAGCCAUACAUGGCGCCUGAGAGAAUCAACCCAGAGACCAAUCAGAAAGGCUACAAUGUCAAGUCUGAUAUCUGGAGUUUAGGAAUCACAAUGAUCGAGCUGGCUAUUCUGCGGUUUCCCUAUGACUCAUGGGGAACGCCAUUUCAGCAGCUCAAGCAGGUGGUGGAAGAGCCAUCGCCCCAGCUGCCUGCAGACCGAUUCUCACCCGAGUUUGUGGACUUCACGUCACAAUGCUUAAGGAAGAAUUCCAAAGAGCGGCCGACUUACACAGAACUAAUGCAACAUCCCUUUUUCACCCUUCAUGACUCCAAAGACACCGACGUCGCUAGCUUUGUGAAGAGCAUCCUCGGGGACUGAGAACGUCCCUCUCGGCAAAUCUGACAUGUUGCCGCGGGGGGAGACGGGACUAUUUGAGAAAAAGCACCAAUAGCAAGACUAACACCUGUAAGACACGCCCACCUCAGCAGCCAACAGUGCGCAGGCACUCAGGAGGGUCUGGGGGAAAGAACACCAAAACUGAGGGUGGGCCGUUUCCUAGCAAAACACGGAGUAGGGCAUGGGACGGGAAUCUCAGUGCGUGUGUGCAUGUAUGUGUGGGUGCGUGUGCGAGAGCGAGUGCGUGUGUGUGCGUGUGUGAAUUCUUCGCCUGCCUGUAUGUGCAUACAUGUGCAUUAAAAGGUUUUACAGUCCCAAGUCAAACUUCAUCUAUUGUUCAAUCCCAGUCCUCCUCCAGCUUUACCUCUCAAUCCAAAAAGCAGUUUUAGCAUCAGGUGAGUCUGUUAUAGAUGUCUGUUGAGUUCCCCAGUGGCACCUCAAUGUAAUUCUUAAAGUAUUCAGAAAUGUUACCCACCCCCGCAACGUCCGGUUCUUCAAAAAAUAUAAAACAAAAUAAAAAAGAGAGAGAGAGAGAGAGUGGUAUAGAUAUAUUUAUCUAUUAUCUAGAUAUGUAUAUAUACUCAAUAUUUCUUGAAUUUGUUAAAUGAGGACAAUAUUCUGUGUUGGGUGUAAGGAGUGAUGGUUAUUAAAGUGGAUGAAUGGAGCAUCUUUCUUUUUUUUUUCUUUUUUUUUCCUGAAUUUGCAAAGACUGAUUGGUGCAUUUGUGUCACUGAAGGCUAAUCUCAGAUCAGUUUAUAAAUGCUGUCUUUAUAGUGAGGGUUUAGGUCCACAGAGCUGUCCCUGAAUCAGACGUUAACGGCCAGAAGUGAAAAGACUGCUUUUCACAUACCCUCCAUGAACUCUGUGUGUGUGUGUGUGUGUGCGAGUAAACGCUUGUGUGCUUUAUAUGCUAUUCGUCUAAACCAAGGUGAUUUUGGGCAAAAGGUAUCUAAGUCUGUUGGCUACAUCUAGACCUGUUUGUUCUGAGCCAAUCAAAAAAUUCUCACUCUUUUCAAUUGCAAUCCAACUGGAAAUUAUUAUAAUUAUCAUUAUUUUAUUAUUAUUAUUAUUAUACACAGUGCAUAUGUAUUAACAGUAAUGAGGUGUUCUGCAGUUUCUGUAUGUGUUGUAACUGCUGUUUUUCUCAUUGGAAACUUGACUUUCUUUUUAAUUUUAAGGUGGUGUGCAGGUAUGAGCGUGUGGUCAUUUGUGAGAGCAUGUGUGUGUGUGUGUGUGUACGUGUCUGCAUGUGAGCGUUAUAUAAAAGUCUGAACACACGUAGCUGACACUUCUUUCAAAGCCUCACUGUGACUCGGAAGCCUGAUUUUGUGCCUCUCUAUAGAAAAAAAGAAAAGGAAAAAAAAAAAACACCUGCAUUAAAACAAACUACAAAACCCACGCUGCUGUGUCAUAAGACAUGCUUUGCUUUCCACAGGCUUCGGUUAGUGGCGGGGGUCUGUUGCUUUGCUUUGCUUUCUGGGCUUCUGGUUUUAUUCUCUUAUCAUUUUUGUAAGGUGGAGAUGAUGAAUGUGUAUGAGUGUGUGUGUGUGUGUGUGGGUUUUUCUUUUUUCUUUUGGUUGUUUGUUUUGUCUUGUGACCACUGUAUACAGAAUGGAUAACACUGCUGAUUUGCCUGUAAUCGUUAUAUUGUUUGAUUCAAACAUAAAAGUUCUCUUAUA